GCAAAAUAUUAUAUCGAUAAAAGAAAGGACAAAGAUGGCCUUGACAUUAAGUACAUCAAUGCAUUUAAAGGUCGUGGAAUCUUUGCCAAUAGAUCCUUUGUAAAAGGAGACUUUCUGUUGGAGUAUAGAGGUGAACUGAUCAGUAAGGAUGAAUGUGAGAGGAGACAAAGGGUUUACCACAACAGACUUAAAGUGUUCUUGUUCGAAUUCUACUUUAAUGGAAAACUCUGGUGUGUUGAUGGAGCAAAAGAAGAUGGGUCACUUGGAAGACUUGUAAACGAUGACCAUAUAAACCCAAAUGCAAAGAUGAAGUAUCUAACACUGCAAGGGAAGCCCCAUUUGUGUUUGUUUGCAAUUUGUGAUAUAAAUCCGGGAGAGGAGGUCACCUAUAAUUAUGGUGACUCAAACUGGCCAUGGAGAAGUAAG